UUUUGAUUUUCUAUUUUCUAAUUUUUUUGGGCCCUUUUUGUCUUUUCAGUCUUUUUCUCUCUCGGACUCUCUACUUUCUUUCCUCAUUCUCUCCUUUUCCUCUUUUGUCCCCUCUUUUCUAUAUUUUCUUUUUUUUUAACUAUUUCUUGCUUUCAUUCUCGAUCUGCUUAGUCGUUCCUUUCCUUUCCCUAUUCUGAUAUCUGCUUAUUAGUACCGCUGUCCGACUCAAUACAUUCAUUAAUUCUCUCCCUCUUUCUGUCUUAAUCCAUCCGGUCUGCUGCUGUGUUGUAUACCACUGCAAAGCACAAACUAUACCCAGCAACAACCUGUCAUUCUCUCACUCCACACACACACACACACACAACUUUUACAAUCAUCCUUUAUAAAAGAGCUUAUCUCUCCUCCCCUUCCAAAGUCAUUCUUAAUCUAACCACUCAUACUUCCUCUUGUGAUUCAAUUGUUCAAUGAUCUAGAGCCGUCACCCAUUGAAAGUUGCCGCUAUCUUGUGCAGCAACAGGUCCGGUCUCAAUAUAUACCCUUUCCCUCAUCUCCUCUUCCUCCUCCUAAUACCCUCACACGCCAACCGCAACCAUGAAUUAUCUUCACCACCCAUACGCGUAUGCUGGCCAUGCUGCGGUCCCCAUGGAACAGCCCAUUGCCUAUGACCCGACAAUGGCUCACCCGUCCAUGAUGCACCCAAUGGACGGCUACAUCUAUCCGCACCCACCUUUUGACAUGAUCGACUUCUACCAUCAGCCCAUUAUGGACUACGAGGAAUAUGCAGAGAACUUGUCUCGUCCACGGUUGACUAAGGAACAAGUCGAGACCCUGGAGGCCCAGUUCCAGGCUCAUCCGAAGCCUAGCAGCAAUGUUAAGCGUCAAUUGGCUGCUCAAACGAACCUUAGCCUUCCUCGGGUUGCUAACUGGUUCCAAAAUAGACGCGCAAAGGCCAAGCAGCAGAAGCGACAAGAAGAGUUUGAAAGGAUGCAGAAGGCGAAGACAGAGGCCGAGGAGGCUGCACGGAUAAAGACAGAGAAUGCCGAAAGAUCCGAAUCAAACGGAGACGUCAAAGAAGAGACAGACAAGGAUACCCCGAAACAAUCAUCCGACCAGUCCAUGUCUGAUGACCGUACUAAGACAUCUGCUUCUAACUCACGAUCGAAGCAUCAUAAAUCAAAGAGUGAGUCGGCUCGGGAAGCAACAUUUGCUUCAUUACAACGAGCAUUGAAUGCCGCUGUUGCUGCUCGAGAACAUUAUAGUCCAGAUGAACAGGGUCAACCUGCUACCAUCCACGAGGGCUCGGUGUCUCCGACGACAACCUACUCAGGCAUAAACAACCACGGUGAUAGCCGAACCGCCCAGAGCAGUUGCACAACUCCAUUCUCCGAGUGGGAAAACACAAAGGAGACUGCGAUGUCGUGGACCGCAUCUCAGAGUCCCCAAGAACAUCUUGGCUACUCUGCCGCCGAGUCGCUCACUGUCCCGGAAUUAGACGGCUCUCAUCAUCAGAAUGCGCAGCACAAUGAUACCCUCCAGUGCCAGCCCUCACAGAACGAGGAGUGGUCCGGCCAGGUACAAGGAACAAAAUCCUUCCCCAGCUAUCACUCAUCCAGCGAUGCGGAAGCCUCUUAUAGUGCAGCUCAAUAUACGCUGCACCCAGAAAGCUCAUUGUCAAGGCGAGGCUCAUCUGAUGACCUCGCUGACUCCCUCGAAGGUAUCGGGAUUCAUGCAGCGGGACUUCCAAUCAGAACAGACCGAUCUUCGUGGAAAGAAGCUGGCAAGGAACUUGACCUUGCGGCCCGGAGAAAGCGACCAAGGCCUGCUGCUAUCGGUACUUCGAGGUCGUCAUCCAUGUUGGCAGGAUCGGCGUCCAUGUCACCGACCACAAGGCUCCCAAGCUACGGCUCUGCACCUGGUGUGAGACAGUCGAAAUCGGCGCAAUGUCUCAACUCACGCUACGCAGGUGUUCGGAAAGCAUCUGCAGCUCAGCGUUCGCCUCUGAACCUGUCUUCAUUUGCCGAGGCUGGGGCUCUGAGUACUUCCAAGCCAGAGAUGUCAUCAAUGCUGUCGCCCGCCGUCACCACGGGCGGGCUGGCUCCACCAACACCCCUGACACCAGAUGACCUGCAUCACUUCCUUCCAAAUACCCCCAGUGAUGGCGGUUACUGUCUGUCUGCCCAACCCACCAGCCAAUUGUUCCCUACAACACAGCCCAUGCAAAUCAACAUUGCCUCUCCUCCCGCUACGCCUCUGGCUAUGGAUAUGCUUUCCACCUACCAGUACCACAGUGUGGCUCCACCAAUGUCCGCUCCUGCCCAUUAUACUUCAUUUCCUGAUUAUGUCACUUGCGAAGGAGCCCCUUUGACGGGUAGGAGUUGGACGGGUGCCAAUUCGAUGCCCUCACCAGAGGCAGCCUAUCAGAGCCGUGUCCCAAUAACCCAGGCGGAUGUUUCAUCUCUGUCGUAUGGACAAGCUUUGGAGCAGAGCCGUCAACCUGCUGAGGGCCUCUCAGCUGCUGGGUCACCACCAUUGAUGUAUACCACGGAUGCCGAUAUGCAUACGUCAACAGGGUCAUUCCAUGGUGACGCGAAGCCGACGGAGUUCUAUAUCCACGAAUUCCCCGAGCAGCAGGAAGCCCAUCGGUUUGUUGCGCAGCAGUUGCCGCAAAAACCAAAGGCGUAUACAUUCAACAACCAAACGCCGAGUGAUUGGAAUGCAAAUUAGAUAUCAAAAGGGAAGUAAAAUUAUUCGGCGUUUGAUUUCAUGUAUCGGGCUUACACACGGUCUCUUGGUGGUGAUUUGUGCCAUUACUCUGUAUGCCAUUAUAUCUCUGUCUUUCCUAUUGCAUUGUCUGCUGUUACACUAUGGGACUCCCUUGUAUCCCAGGUCUUGUCUGUUUGAUUCCCAGAGCAUUCGUGUUGGUGUGUUUCUUCGGCGUCUGCCAUGGCUUGUUUUCAUGUUCGGUUGUGAUUAGUAUUGGGUUGGAAAUAUUUUGGAUAUCGAUGGAUUUUGCAUAUGUAUUUGGAAGCGGUUGGACUUUUGACUUGACAUAUAUAUUUGGAGGCCUGAGUUUCUUUGUGUCACGUAUUUCAUUACAUCUAUCUCCCUGUAAUUACUAUUAAUACUGAUAAUAUGGAUGACGGUUGCAAUCGCUUGCAUCGUCGAACUUCUUCUGGAUUGUACACACGUGCUGCC